AUGCAAAUCUUCGUGAAAACACUAACAGGCAAAACUAUUACGCUUGAAGUUGAACCAAGCGAUACCAUCGAAAAUGUUAAAGCUAAAAUUCAAGAUAAAGAAGGUAUUCCACCUGACCAACAACGACUUAUCUUCGCCGGCAAACAACUUGAAGAUGGUCGAACACUCAGUGACUACAACAUUCAAAAGGAAAGUACACUUCAUCUUGUACUUCGUUUACGUGGUGGUAUGCAGAUCUUCGUCAAAACAUUAACAGGCAAGACAAUCACACUCGAAGUCGAACCAAGUGAUACCAUCGAAAAUGUUAAAGCUAAAAUUCAAGAUAAAGAAGGUAUUCCACCUGACCAACAACGACUUAUCUUCGCCGGCAAACAACUUGAAGACGGCCGUACACUCAGUGACUACAACAUCCAAAAGGAAAGUACACUUCAUCUUGUACUUCGUUUACGUGGUGGUGAUUUGCAAUAA